AUGGCGACGGCAAAAGUGGUGGCAGCAGCGAAGGGAGCCAUGAUCGGACCACCCAGAAACCCCGACGGAGAGCCCAAGUACCGAGGCGUGCGAAAGCGGUUGUGGGGCCGAUUCGCCUAUGAGAUCAGAGACCCCUGGAAGAAGACUCGAGUCUGGCUCGACACCUUCGACUUCGCGGGUGCCACCGCACGUGCCUACGAUGCCGCCGCUAGGUCUCUCCGUGGCCCUAAGGCCAAGACCAAUUUUUCAUUACUACCCUUUUCAAUCCCUAAUACACCCAACCUAAACCCUAAUAAUGGUAAUCAUCUUCAGGACGAUGAUGGAUUUCAACAAUUUCAUUCGAGACCCACCACGAGCAGCCUGAGUAGCACCUUGGAGUCCUUCAGUGGGCCAGAUCGUUGA